AUGUUCGGGUCUUCGAAUUCCGCCUUCCAACCGGUGCCCUCCAGCGGUGAACACAAGCAGCUCCUCAAUUUUGAGCCCUCCGCGGUGGCCGCCAUGAGCAGCCACAACGCCCUCCCUUCCCUCAUGCAUUGCCGGAACAGGCGCGACCCCAUGCAACCGUCCAAUAGCCAACCUACGGCCACCCCGCUAACCAACAUGCUGCCCGGCUUUGGAAUUCAACAAUUCCCCAGCCCGAAGCACUGCUCCCUUUCAUGCCGCCAUUCGACGGUUCGGUGGCAAAGCGGGCAGUUCCCCACCAGCCGCUCAAACUCGUUCUCCGUCUCUUCACUCCUGAAGGGCGAUCUGAUGACGGCCGCUGUUCCGGCCGCCGAGCUCCAAGCUCAACUCCAACAGCUAGUCGCCUCAGCCUCCUCUAGCACCUCGGCCGUCGUCAACCCGAUCGACCAACCGACCAGCUCCCCAUUCUCGGCACCACUCCUUCCACAUCAACAAAUGCCUCCAUUCCGACCUCUUUCCAUCCAAGAACUGCACAGAGCCCGCCAAAUUCAACAGCUACAGAUGAAUUUCGCACACCAGAUGAGGAGUUUUGGGAUGCCGGGCAUGAGUGACGUGCGACUGUCGGCGCGUGAGAUAUGCGUGGUGUGCGGCGAUUCGGCGAGCGGCUACCACUACGGGGUGAUGAGCUGUGAGGGGUGCAAGGGCUUCUUCCGGCGAAGCGUUCAAAAGAACAUUGACUACGAAUGUCACAAGGAACGGAAGUGUACUGUGGACCGAGUGUCGAGGAAUCGAUGCCAGCGAUGUCGAUAUGAGAAAUGCUUGAAGGCAGGCAUGAAUAAGGAACAAGUGCGCCAAGACCGAAAAAGGUAUCGUCGUGGGGCCGAGGAGGGUCGCGAGAUGGAAGUCGACGAAGCGAAAGGGAUGGCUUGGAGAUUCUAUCUGGCCUCAAACCCAUUAUUCGUGGCUAUUCCCGAGGAAAGGCGAAAACAAUUGGCCGAUGAAGCACUUGCUUCUAUUAUGGUCAUCCGAGCGGCCUUCGUGCCGAAUUCCACAUCAGUCACUGAUUGGCCAGCUUCGAUGGAGCUUGAGAUAGAAAAACUACGCGCCGGUCUGGCUAAUGUCAGCGAGCACGAGGUACACAUCCUGGUGGGUCUCGUACUGGCGCAUGCCCUCGAUGCUGAUGGCGAAACGAUCAAGCUGAAGCUCUCCGAGUGUCUACAGGUUGAGGUUGCCGUCCGAAAAGCCGACGCGCACAUCUACAACCAACUAAUGUUCAAGCUGGGCUCGUUGAAAAUGGCCCUUGGCACUGUGCACGCCGCGCAA